GCAGCUAUGUCACACCCUCUGGUAUGGACAGAACAUAGCAGGAGGAUAUACACACAGAAAAGCACUAUACUCUUGACAGUGUGUAAAGUCAAUUUCAGUUCCAUUUGUAGCUUACAACAGAAGAGCAACUACUUCAUAGCAACAGGCUCUACCCAUCAGGAAGAGGUUUGCACUAGGAUAAUGAAAUACACCAUAUUCCUGCUCUUUGCUGUGCUGAUGUUUGCAAAAUAUUCAAGUGCUCAAGAAUGUCCUAUCAAAUGUGCUAUUGAAAGUCUAAUUAACCAGAAGAUCCAGUCAUCAGUUGAUGUCACAGUGUCUUCAUUCCUGGCAAAGACCGAGCUGAUUUGCACAACUGCAUCAGCACGUGGUGCUGAUGCCCACUGCCCUUCAGGUCACAAGGCCACUGGAUGCGCCUGUGGAAUGGCUUGUGGCUCCUGGGAUAUCCGUGGAGAAACUUCUUGCCACUGCCAGUGUGCCAAGAUAGACUGGACCUCUGCUCGGUGCUGCAGAGUGGGUAUUGUCGGCUGAUGGUACCUUAGCUGCCUGUUGGCUCCAGCUUCAAGGCUCAAUAAACAUGCAUCUAUAAUCUUCUGAACAGUCUAGUGCUUGAGUCUUUUCUUUGCUCCAGCUCAAUAAACGAAGCUCAAUAAACAUGCAUGUAUAAUUUUCUGAA